CGUUCUGUCAUGGAGAGCACAACGCGAUGUGCCGUAAGUGUGCUCAAGUAUCGUCGUCAUCGUGGUCGUUGCCGAAAUAAUCGCGUGUGUAGUAUUUCAAAUCGUAUCAUAGGAUUAUCACAGUGACAAUCAAUAUAUUUAGGCGUGCGUAAAGAUCGUGGUGCUCGUGGUGCUACUAUCGGUAUAUCGUGAACUGUGGCAGUCGAAUAAUUGUAUCGUAGCCACAUCUCUAUAUAUCCAAGACGAAUCUUUAGCGAUUAAAAGAAGUGAUUCUUUGUGAAUCGAAUAAUCGCAUCUACGUGCGAUUAACGUUCGAUUCAUCGAACAAUCGAUAAAUCGGCAAACGGUGCUGUGACAUAUUAAUUGAGGUGCAUGCCAUUGUGUCUAAUAAUAGAUUCGUGAUUCGAAGUAUCGCAUAUAAUCCACGUGUUCGUUUCGAAGAGCGUACGGUAUUCAAAUAUUGUCAACAAGUUCGAAGAAUAGUCACCUGCUACGUAGCAUUUGGACAACCGUUUCGUGGAAUUGAGUCAAUGUCGACAACGGUACGCGUGUUGUUACCGCGUGACAUAAAGGCAUUGUAAACAUACAAGUACGAGACGCACCUCGUUUGUAUAUAUUACGAAAUUUAAACGAAGUUGAGCACGUAUAUUUCUCGUAGAACGUAUGUAAACAACAAGCAGAGAAACGAAUCGAAGUUUUUUCCGGUUACGACCAUUACAAAUAUAUUAUUUAUAUACAUUGGCUCCUAUCUACGCAUAUUUCUUUUCGAGAAUAGCGAGCGACGCUUCGAUAUACAAUCGAUCUUCGAUCACGAAGCUGGUCACAUGGUACGAACGAAAUCGAUUGCGAUUAUAACCGGAAACGUCGAUCGAUUGCUCGAUAAAUGUCGAUCUUCAUACGAAACAAGAAUACGAAAUCCUGUUAAUUCGAUCCGUUAACGUAACGGACACACGAAGAGUAAUUGCGGAGACUGAGUCGUUUCGUAGCGCAUUUUUAUAAACGAAAUCGUGUAUAAAUCAAAUUAUUUGGUGGUGUUAAGGAAUUAUAUCAAAGUUUACGAAGUAUAUUAAUCGAUUGGGCGAAAUCAAUGCGUUCUCGCUUCUCGAACAGCGGUGUACGACAGUGACAAAUAAAAAAGGGAGUGAAAGACGAACGAUGCUGCUGUCCGGUCGUCGCGGUUAAUUCGCACGUGUCGCGAUGUCGGGCGGCACGGCGGGCGUCCGUGGCACCGGCGCCGAGUGCAGGAAGUUCGCGCCGAACAUAUUCAACAAGAGCAAGUGCAGCAGCUGCUUCAAGCAGAAGGAGGAGCACAGCGCGGAGGCUCUGGAAUGCAACAGGGCAACGAGAAAGAUUUCAAAAUGCGGAUACCUGUUCGUCGCCCCGGGCUGGGACUUCUCCAAUCCGCUGAAUCGCACCAAGAGAUGGCAGAGAAGAUGGUUCGUCCUGUACGACGACGGGGAGCUGACAUACUCUGUGGACGAGCACCCGGAGACAGUUCCUCAAGCGAGGAUCGAUAUGACCCGUGUGUUGGAAGUUGCUGCUGCCGAGGAUAUCACCGGACAUCCGUACAGCCUGGCGAUCACCUCGCCGGAAGGAGUUACCUUCGUGAAGGGCACGUGCCGCGAGGAAACCAGAUGGUGGGCCGAUGUGCUUCAGGUCUACUCGAGGAACAAGGGCCGGCAUAAGAGGAAUGCGACGUUCCCCGGUGGACAGACCACCAUUCUUCAGGUCACUCCUACGAUCAGAAGUAACACGCCGAAUCCACCUCGACCACGGUUCAACAGCUGUCGUUCAGAGCCCCGCAGCAACACGUGGAUCUCGUCGGAAACGAGCGUCCCCGCAGACCUUUGCGCAUCAGUCUUCUCCUCCACGCCAUCUCUGGUGACCAACAGCGUGGUAACGACGACCAGCAACACGUCGAUGAGCAACGGUAACGUGGUGGAGAACAGCAACGACCAUCGUGUCACCGCCAACGUGUCACCCCUUAGAACCAGCACGCCUCUUGAGAACGGUGGCUCCACCUACAUAACUUCCGUUCCAUCCACAUCCAUCAUGAACGGGAGCACCGUGUCCAGCACCGUGUACACGACCACGUCGACCUCGACCACCGUGUCGUCCGUCAACUCGUUGACGGAGAAGCCACCGAUCGUGCCCAACGAGGGUAGAUCGAGCUACAAGGAUCAACCAGCUAGCAGCGCCUCCCCACCGACCAGAGACAAGCUUCGAGCGGAAGACAAGGCCAGACGCAGGAUGAAUCAGCACGGAGAACGAACCGGGACCGCCUGCUCUGGCGAGAAACUAGACGAUGACGCCUGUCGAAGGAUCCUGUUGGAGCAUGAAAGAGAAAGAGAAGGAAAGUUGCGAGACAUUGCCGCCUCCUUGACCCAGCCACGCGUCAGGAGGAUCAAGCCUAGGACGUCUGAGCCGACCAGGGAUGUGGUGGAUGCGGCCAACGCUGCCUAUCAGGAUAAGUUUAUUAGAGGCGAUCCGGAUGGAUGUGGCCUUGACAUCUCCGGCAUUAGAUACUCUCCUACCUCUGAAUUGAGGGUCGAUCUACCUGCUGAAGAUUUAUUAAACAUAAAGAAAGGCUGGUUAAUGAAGCAAGGAUUAAAUAAGGAAUGGAACAAGCAUUGGUUCGUGCUUCGCGGUUGCGGCCUCAUGUACUACCGAGAUCCCUGCGCGGAAGAUAAGGGUAUCAUGGACGGUGUCAUAGAUCUGAAUACCGUUACCGCCGUCACGCCCCUUCAAGUCGCAAGAAAUUAUGGAUUCCAGACUGUGGCCUGGGACGAUCGAGGAUCUACAGUAUUGUCCGCGGUGACCGCUGGUAUACGAGCCAGUUGGAUGUCGGCCAUUCGGAGGGCUGCCAAUUUACCAGAUCCUGACAAUGGCAGCGAUUCUCUGACGGUUUGUCAGGAUGCGCAGCAAGAUAACACCCCACAAUCACCUACCGCAUCGCUGACGGAUCGCGAAAGAGACUCCUCGGUUGUUCCUUCAACGUCAGUCACACCACGCUCAGUUCUAUUUUCCUCCGAUGAAGAAUAUCGAACGGCAUCCGAAGGCGGCAGAAGAGAGUCUGGUGAUUGGUCCGAGGUCCCAGUAUCGCCACCCUUAGUGAGAAACGGCGACUGGCCCAGUGGAUUGAAGGGUUCCAGUUGGUCAGAUUCGGCGAACCACGAGUGGUCGGAAUUACCUCCGUCGCCACCGCUGACUAGAACCGCUUUGUCCAGAGUGAAAGCUCGAUCCAGAUCAAGCUCCAGAUCCAGAGUUUACAAGAGAAGCUGCAGCUCUCCUCUAAGCUCAAGAAGAAGCACUUUGGACAGCGUCAGGUCCGAGGAUUUGAUGAUGGCUUGCUGCGAAUUAGGAGAGGAUGAAGAACAGCACAACGGGCACAUGCAGAAUAGUUGUCUGUCGAGCGCAAACGAGAGCCCAUUGAUAGUAGAGUUGUUGGAGAACCAGGUGUCUUUGCUGCGCGAUCAGUUAGAUCAAAAUCAGUCGCAUCCAAGCACAUUACUAGUCAUUAUCGAGCGUCAAGAGAACGAAAUAGAAAGUUUAAAGUCGCAGCUGAAUACGGCGAGAGCGGACGUCGCGAGUGCUGAAAAGGAACUGUCCAGGUUGAGGCAGCAAAAGGCUGAAGCUUCCAUCAGAGAAAAACAAGUGGAUGAAUUAUUGAACACGAUCCAGAGAACGGAGCAGCAGAGAAACAAGGACUUGGAGGAUCUAGAGAAGAUGAAGAAGAUGUACAACAGGGAUAAGGAGAUGUUGGAAUGCAAGUUGCUGGAGACCGAAGCUAUUCUUAGAGAGACCAGCGAGCGAUGUGAAAUGCUUACUAAAGAGUUGGCAUCGAGUCAUAGAACCGUCGAACAUCUGCAGUCGGAGAUAACCUCUUUGAGCAAUAGAUUAUCUCAAGGAAUAGAGGAGAACGAACGUUUGUAUAGCAAAGUUAGAGAACUGGAAGACAAAGGGGGGUUGUCUUCUUCGAAAGAACGAGGAAGAAGUUUCGAUUCUCUCAGUGAUUUGACGAACAUUGAGCUGGAUCUGGAUUUCAAUUCUCUUGACAAGGAAAGAAUCGUGGAAGAAUACGACGAACUUAGAUCCCGUUUCGAGAAAGCUAUCCUUGAGAUACGCGCGAUGCGCAAGGAGCUUCGCGAGGCGCACGCAAUGCAGGACGCUUUGGAAUUGGAGAUCUUUGCUCACAAGCAGGACGCAGUUAGCGUGAACGAGACGAAUCAAGCUCAGAUUCAAUUAAUGGCAGCUAGGAUCCAAGAUUUGACCAACAAGCUUGCAGCCAGCGAGAAGCAAGUAAGGAAUCUGAAGCAGAAGCUGACAAAAGCUGAAACCAGGGACAAGAGGAGGUCGUUGUCGUUGAAGGGUCGUGAGUCCUUCCAGAUUUCUCAAGAGAUGGAGGACAAGUUGGUGGAUCUGGAGAACAAGAUCUGUGCUAUAGAACGCGGGAAGAGCAUCAGCGCGCCUGCGUCGGCGGGAAGCAGCCCGAAGGAGUCGAGCCCUAAUCCAAAGAAGGAGAAGAGGAGGGAUAGCAAGAGUCUGGACCGUACCAGAUUAAGAAGAAAAUCGCUAGACAGCGCAACUAGUUCAGAACCGAUGAAAGUGUUGAUCAGGCUCAGCACGUUGGAGACGAAGGUGGCAAACGUGCAAGAGAAUAUGGCGAGCGACGCAGAGAAAGACUCCAGCGAAUGUAGCGAGGUCAGCUCGCCCUCGACAAGCGAGGUGUCGUUGGAGAUCAUCGCGAGGUUGAAGAAAUUAGAGAGAGUGGUGUCGAAGUCGAAGAGGAGGCUGGAGAAGUGUUUAGGCUCGACGCAAGCGGAGGACAAAGCGGAGAAGUGUUUGCGCGAGGUAAACGAUAUUUUGGACUCGUGUUUAGAAUGUAAGAAAAACCAAGGUAGCGCUCAAGUGACCGAGUCAGUAGGCGUAGUGGUAUCUAGACUAGAGACUAUACUUAAAGAUAAAUUGAGCGAACUCACGAAGAGACGGCAGACGCUCGAGCAGAACGGCCAGCUGGACGAUAGGGAGAAGAUGAAGCUGAUCGCGGAGAGGGUUGCGUUCGAGUUCGUCGUUCUGAGACAGAUCAAGUGCGCGAUCGGCCGUACAUUCGACCGUAGUGCCGUUCUCAGUGAAUUGGUCGAAACUAGUCAGCUUGCCUCAAGCUUAAUGCGUAAGAUUCACGGAACUAAGCCCAAAACGUACCAAAACACCAGUUACAUUCAGUAUCUUACUAGAGUGUUAGCUAAUAAGUUAGUACUAGUAGGUGGCGUGGCCGCGACGGAGACGGUGUCCAAGGAGGUGUCCGCAGCUCGUAACGAGAGCUUGAACUUCUUGCUGCAGAAGCAGCGCGAGAUAAACGAGAUCGUGUGCAGAUACAAGGAGACGAAGUUGAGACAGCUCGCGGAGGCACUGGCCGCCGAGACGUUGAGCAUGUCGGAGCAAGAGGAUUCGAGCAAGCAACAGGCGACCAACUCGAGCAAAAAGUUGCUGGAGGAUCGACGAAUUCGCGAGGCAUGGGCGCUCGCCCAAGAAACGGUGAGCAAGGAGUUGGUGCAGGCGGAAGUGUCUCACGUGAUCAUGCGUUGCGGCCAGAUGUACGAGCAAAAUAUCACCAGCAUCACCGAUGCUUGCCUCAACUUCGAGAGCGCGGAGAACGUAACGUUAGAAUCUUGGAUCGACACGGCUCAAUCCAGGCUGCGCGAAGAGAUGGAACAGUCGACUCGCGAGCUGUCCAACGUUUACGAAGAAUGCCUUCACCAGUUGAAGAAGAACAAGUCGGCGAUACUCGAGUCGAAAUACGAGUCGAGACAAUUGUUGACGGACUACGCGGACGUGAUCGCGCACAAAGCUUUAAUAGACGCCAGAAUCGAGCUUCUUCGGGGGAACGCGAGACAAUCGACCACGCCCUUCCCUGGGGAGACUUUCGUAUCUAGUCUAAUCCGAAACGACGACGUUCUUUCGAGUCUGCUAGAGGCAGGCGAUCAAGAGUUCCAAAGCAAUCCAAUUCUCGACGCGGAGUACAGUUACCUUUAUCAGCAAUUUAGCAAGGAGUGCGAGGACAGGAUAUCCGGUUCGAAGCGCGCCUCCAAGGAGCAAAUGAAGAACGUUGGCCAGAGUUUGAUAUAUCUCGAGGAGGAUUUGGUCGAGUUGGGCAAACGCGUUCGAGAGAAAUUGGACGAGAGCGGCGAGAAUGUUUCACGGCCGGCGAAAUCGGCCACGAUGAUUACCAUUACCGACUGGUCGAGCGUGUGCGAGAAGUGCUCGCAGUUGCGCGAGCAGAUAAAAAAAUUGAGCGACCAUAUGAACAGCGUGACUUGCAAACAGUGUGACCAAUUGCAGAAAACUAUCGAGAGGAUAACGGCGGAGCAUAAUCAAGAGUUGGAGACGUUGAAGCGUAACCAGGAGAGGGAUUUGAUGGACAUCAAGGGUGAAUUGGACAAUCAGAGGCAAUCGUUGACCUCUCAAUACGAGCAGGAAGCGGCCAGUUUGCGCGAAAAGGCGAGAAAAUUGGAGCACAGGUUGAACGCAAUGGACUCCGAGCAUUCCGCUCACGUGAACGAACUUAGAGCCGCUUAUCAAAGAUCUAUGAGCGCCGAAUUGGAUACAGAUGCGGAAACGAGGAAGAGAUACAAAGAAGAGAUCAAGCAACUGCGAGCGUUGUGCGAAAAGGGUUUGCUCGCUAUGGAGAAUUCUCACAGGCGCAUCAUUUCCGAGAUGGAAGAGAAACACCGACAAGAGUUGGAAAAUCUGAGGGUGGAGAAGGAGCAGGCGUUGUCGGAAGAGACUCAGGCCACUCUGGCGGCCCUGGACGCUAUGAGAAAAGCUCACGAGCACGAGGUGCAGAAAGAAAUAGCUAAAUUCAAACAGGAAUUUAUUAAACAAAUGCAGGCACGCGAAGACAUUGGCGUGCUUCACAAGGAACACGAGGAAGAGAUGGAGGAGAUCAAACAGGAGAUUCUUUCCUUAUCUGCCAAGUACUCGUCCAAGUGCGUAGAAUCAGCGGCUUUGGAGGAAAAGGUAGGAUCCCUUACCAAGCAGCUUGCUCAAGCGCAACAACACAUUAUGCAAUUGGACGCGAGGAACAAACAGCUUAGGGCGCAUCUUGUAUUGGAAACGAACGACAGCGCAAACGACAACAUGCAAAUGUUGAGGGGCAGGGACAACGAGAUUGGAGAGCCGAGGGAAGAGAUCCAUCGACUGCAACAGUUGAAGCAUGGGGAGGCCCCUCGUGAUACGUCCGGUGUGCCAUCGAAAUCUUCGUCGCUAAGCUACUCGCCGCAGCGUGGCAGGAUUAAUAACGAGCCGCUGCUCAGAGCGGCGAGCAGCGAGGAGCAGAGAACGGGCGGCGAAAGGCCGAGAAGCACGCUGUCCACGUUGCAAAAGAGCACGCAGGACAAGCAGGCAGCGUUCUCGUACAAGCUUGAACGCGUUAAAUCGGUCUCGUUGCCUUACUCGAGUAACUUGGUUAGGCCGGGCAAUAGUUCUGGCGUGAACUCGCACGACGUGAAAGAGGUGAGCUUAGGGCAAAAGAGCCAGGAGCGUAACGGCCUGGCAUCGCCGCUCUGGGACAGCCUGAGACCGAGGAGCGGACUGCCCCAUCAGUAUCAAGGUGGCACAGCAGAGGUCGACGGCGCCGGCGGUGGCUGGCAGAGCAGCGACAAAACCGAAAAACAGCAAGAGGCAUACAGCUUCCAUGCCGACAAUCCUCCCGAGUCCCGCCUCACCCCGGAACCCCCAGCUCUCUCCGUUGCAGAGCUGAUGAGGUCUCCAGCAGUGAGAUGGUCCAGCAGAAGUUGUCGUAGCUUGCCUCCAACGCCCACGCCGAGUUAUCAUCACCCGCUCCACCCACCACUUCCAGCAGUGGGAAUGGUCGCCGAGAGGAAGAAACGUUUCGAGCUCUGAAUCGUUAAUUAACACGCAUACUAUAUUCUUCCGUUAAAAAUUCAUAAUCACGCAUAUCAUAUAAAAAAAAAAAAUACAUCGUCGAAAACUCGUUUAAAUUGUAUAAUUCGCGCGUACAAUUGUUUUCGAAUGGUGCUAAGUCAGACUCGUUCCGAGUCUUCCUCAAGACCCACGAAUUUCGACUUCUUUGCAUUAUCACCCACAAAAAUACAGCAUUUUUCGAUAUUCGUUUCUUUUCAAAUAUUUAGACAAUCCAAAAAAUUUUUUAUUUUUUUUUUUUUUUUUUUUUUCCAUUGACAAUUUACAGGCAAUUCGUCACUGCCAUAGGGAAUAGAGCUUCGACGGUAGAAUGGAGCAAAUGUCAAUUAUUACGAUCGCCCGGGAUCGUGCUCGUCGUAACGUAACGAUAUUGAGCAUGUUUAUCAAGUAAACAUGAUUCAAUAGCCGAAACGAGGCUCGGGUCCCGCGCUAGGCUCGCGAGUUCUGCUUUACGGUUGAAAGCCUAUCGCGAACGAUAGGUCGUUUUCGAAGGGACUGUCCUCUUUCUUCUCCCUCAUAUCGAUCGAAUUUAUAUCGUUUAAUGGGACCACCGCUCGAUAAAGGUGGUUAAUUUGAUACGCAUUUAAAACUUUCGAUGAUUUUUCCCGUAGGACCGAGUAGUGAUCGUUUCGAUCGAUUUUCGCGAGCGACGUGCGUUUCUAGGGCAUUAUUUCAGUUUAUAUCUGCCGUUUCUCGUCGUGAUUAUUUUGCAAUUAUCGUAAUGGUGCAAUUGUAUACAUGAUCAUUAAUCAAAGCAUUUCGUUCCUUUUGUUUUAUCUUCUUAGUACGCGAUAUAUUUUUCUGGUGCUUCGAGUCUGAAUCUGAAUUAUAAUAAAUAGAGAAAUAUGUUGAGAAAUUUAAUUUAAUUGAAUCAAUUGAGCAGAAUUAUUGGAAAUUAAGACUACUAUCCUAGGUAGGAUAUUUUUUUAAAAUUUUUUUCGAGAUGACGAGAAAUGGCACGAAAAGCGACAGAUGCGAAGGAAAUACAGUAGAACGUCGAUUAUCGAUUAAUUAAAUUUCGUGGUCUCGAAUACAGGAAUCUCUAAACGUAGAAAAAGAGACCAAAAGUUUGAGUAAUUGACAGUCUACUGUAUUGCGAGUCAUUUAUACAAGUGUCGUGGUAGUUAACGCAAUGUAACGCAUAUAUGUAUUGGUGUGAAAGUGUAUUGACAAAUAAUUCGUCAAGGUUGUUACGUUUGCGUUUUAAUUAUAAAAAUCGUAAGAUUUGUUAUAAUGCCAUCUUGUGACUUUACGAGGGGGCUAAUUUUAAUCGACGAUCGGCUCAAAGUUCGUCUUCUAGGGAGGCUUCGAUUAUAAUUUUUUUUUUUUUUUUUUCAUUUUGUUGACACGUUGUUCGUGACUAUUAUUAUUAUUUUUUUUUAUUUGUUUUGUAAAGACGAUUAGUAUGUUAAAGCGAAAAAUGGCGAAACUUUAUCGCGGUAAAAGAAAACGAGGUAUGAUUUAUUCUAAUUUACUUUCGUUUUCUCUUUUCUCUUUUCUUUACUACCUGCACUGUUUCUCGUUAAUUUUUCGUAAAUCGAAAAUUAUUUGUACGCUUGUUUCGCUCUUGUUAUGUAUAGAUUCUGCACAUAAUAUUGAAUAUAAUACGGCGUUGUCACAUUGCACUGUGUAUUACCGCAUUUUGUCAUUGUGUAAAUGUUUUUGUCGGAUCGCGACAUUAUCAUUUUUUGAUGUUAAUAUUGUAUAGUUUAUGACGUUCUCAAUUUAAGGAGCAAGAAAAUAUAAAUAACUUAGAAUUAACCCCUUCCAUAUGAAAUGGAUUGUUUAUAUUAUAUGUUAUUAUUAUAUUAUAUUCUAUAUUAUAUAUUGUCACGGUUCGUUCCAGCGAGGAUGUCAUCCGACAUUGUGAAUAAUGUCGAGGAAAGCGAAUUACAACAAAAAAAAAAGAAAGAAAGAACGAGAGAAAGAAAAGGAUUAUCGAUAACAAUAUGAUUCAUUAUCUCUUAUGUAGAGUAAUUACUCAGGAUUGUUUAACAUUUAUAAUAUAUUACAAUUAUACUUAUUGUAUUUGUAUUAUAAUUUAUAAUAACGUUUGAAAUAAAAUAUAGUAACCAUUGA